GAGGAAGAGGAAGAGGAAGAGGAAGAGUUAGAUGAGGAAGGAGAGAAGGUUUUGGCAUUUAGGAAGGGGAGAUUUGUUGAUACUGAUGAAGUGGAAACCUAUUAUGAUGGUGCUUAUGAAGCUGGCGAAGAAGAUGUGAAGGAGAAGGGGCUGCCAGCAGUAAUGCGGUGCUUUGAUCGAGCGAAAAUCUAUGUGAAAGCUGGAGAUGGUGGCAAUGGCGUUGUGGCAUUUCGGCGCGAGAAGUAUGUGCCGCUGGGUGGCCCUUCAGGAGGAGAUGGAGGGAGAGGUGGGAAUGUGUAUGUUGAA